AUGGCGCCUAUCCUCCUCCCUCCAAAUUAUCCCCCCCGCCGCUUCUAUUCUGGUGGUGCGAUGAUCGGCGCCUUUCGUCAAACCAACACUCCCGUUGCUUCUUACGAACCGGAAGAUUGGGUUGCUUCCACAACCUGUUGCCGCGGCCAAGGGAACAUUGGAUUGACCCGUCUGCCUAAUGGAACCUUGCUUGUUGAUGCCGUCAAUUCUGAGCCCGAAAAAUGGCUAGGGCCUGACCAUGUCGCCAAGUAUGGACCGGACACGAAGCUCCUUGUGAAGCUGCUUGACCCUGGGCAGCGCCUCCCUGUUCAUGCUCAUCCUCACGUUGACUGGGCAUCGAGGCAUCUCCAGAGGAAGCAUGGAAAAGCCGAAGCGUGGUAUAUUCUCAUGCCGGGAUCCGUCUGGCUCGGUUUGAUCGAGGAUAUCGACCCGAAGGAGUUGCUUCAAAUUGUCCAGGAGAAGAGAGGCGUUGAGCUGCUGGACCGAAUGCAUAAAAUUGACGUCGAGCCCCAUCAAACUGUCUAUGUGCCCCCUGGAGUCCUCCACGCAAUUAACUAUAGCGUCUUGCUCGUUGAAGUACAAGAACCAGAGGACAUGUCUAUCUUGUGCGAAUGGGAUGGAUAUAAGAUUGAUGGUAGCAAGGACGGCCAUCUUGGUCUUGGUUUCGAGACGGCGCUCACGGCAGUUGAAACAAGAGGUCGAACCAGAGAGGAAGUCAUGGCAUUGGUAACUGAUGCAAAGGUGGCUGAGAGUGUUUUCGCCGAGGAGUCGCAGAGCUACUUUCAUUUGGAGAGAGUAGUCGUUAACGGCCAGAGUCGAUGCCGACGGGGCUUUGCUAUUCUCGUCGUUCUAAUGGGUCUUGUCCGUUUGAAGACGGAAUCUUCCGAGCUUUCGAUCCUGAAAAAGGGGUCGACAGUGGUCAUUCCGUAUGAGGAUGGCGAGUUUAUCCUGGAGAGUGAGAAUGCAAAUGUUGUUAUUGCUCGACCACCUCAGUAA